UCUUACUGCUUGACAACCUUUUACCGAAGCUGAGGGAUAUGGAUCUGUCAUCUUUGAGAUACGAUAGAGGCGUACGGGCGGAUCUUAAUAAAUUUUCAAAUCUUAAAUCAUUAUUAAUGCCAUAUAACAGGCUUUCAGUAUGUCAAUUAACAUGGACUAUCGUCGGAUCGAAUCAAUUAUCUCUAGCAAAUUUAGAAAAGUUGGACGUAGCUGUUAGUGAUUCCGUUGCAUAUAGCUUAGACAUGAUAGCAAUGUGCGCAUCUUCAUUACAUUGGCUCAAGUUACGCCUUGGGGUCCAUACUUAUUUGGUAUUAAAAUCUAAAUUGAUAGAAACAUUUCAAAAACUUACUCAACUGAAAGAUAUAGAUGUAGGAUGUACUACUAUAGAAGCCAAAAGGACUAUAUUAGAAAAUAUUCCGAAGGAAACUCGUCUUAGAACAAUAAUGUUAGGUAACGACAGUGUCGAUGAUGAUUUGUUAGAAUUAAUUGGACGAAAAUGGGCUACCUCCUUGAAAUGUUUACACUUGACGUGCAACGAGAUAACGAAAAACACUGUAAAACAACUAAACUCCUUGAGCGGCAAUUUGCGUAAUUUGCAAUUAAGUCAGCGUUGCAGUCCUACAGACCUCCUCGCUAGUAUAGUCCUAAAAGUGAAUAAAAAGCUAACUGAAAUAAAGAUUUUUGGCGUAACUCUGAGCGGGUAUGCACUUCCCGUAGUGGUUGAGCGAUUGCCGAAUUUGAAAAAAUUUGAUUUGCAUUUCAGCCACAAUGAGCGCGUAAUAUUUGACCCAUACAUUGACGAUUUAACUGAAGGAAUGUAUAGCGUUUUUCAGCGGCUCACCCAUAUGCGCCACCUUGUUCUGACUGCACCCUGCAUCCUACAUGACAUAAAUUGUCUUCGCUCCCAACCGAACAUAAGUAAUUUAAAAAGACUUAAAACACUUAAGUCAUGCUGGUUUCCUAUUAAGACCCUUCAGAUGUUAAAUAUAAAAUGUACAUUUAAAGAAUUAAUCAAACUUCAUCUCAAGGCUUGUCGAAGAUAUAAAAAACCCACCGUUUCAGACCUUCUAGAUAUAAGCAAAUAUUUUCCUGCUCUUGAAGAAUUACAUAUCGUUAAUUUCGACUGCAAUGACAAUGAUAUUCAAGAAGCGCAUACGUAUAUGAAAAGCUACCCUUUAGUCUUCGAAAAUCCUAAAGAAGUUCUAGAAGAACUCUUUCGAAUUUAUAUCAAACGAUUCGCGACCUUUAAUGGCGGUUCCAAAUACUGCGAUCCCCGAAAGGACAUCAAUCCCGGGAAAAUAUUAACGAGCAUUCGAAAGAAUUGGAUAAUUCAUCAAGAAGUCGCUUUAAAAGACCUUGAAAUAGCUUUACGCAAUGAAUACACACUCAACUCUGUAGCGCUAGUAGGUCCGAUUGGUGUGGGCAAAAGUUUAGUAGUAAACAGCUUGAUCGCCAACUUUCCAUGGCCUGAUAAUGUGCACACAUACGCUUGGAACACGAACGUACGAGAUGAAGCUGAAAAAUUUUAUAUGCUUCGAAUGAUUAUUCAGCAAUUCUCGGAUUGUGGGCGUAAUCUAUUGAUUAUAGAAAACCUACAAGACAGUGAUCACGCCUUAGUGCCUUUGCUUAGUGAAUUAAUUAAGAGAACAGUUAAUAAGCAUAAGAAGAUUAUCGUUUUCUACGUAUUUAAUUUAAGUUCGGACGAAUAUCUGCGAGAAGAGCAACAAAAAUUUCUCACAAAAUCUUUACCGCUCGUGAAUAUAGUCAAUUUUAAUGCAUUUACCGAAAAAGAACUUAAAGAUUGCAUAUAUAGAGAAAUGAGAGUAGAAAAAAUCAAUUUAAAACCAGAAGACUUCAAUAGAAUAACUCUAACAAUCGACGUAGCUCAAUCGGGCUGUAGAAAUGUAAACGAGAAAGUAUUAAGUUACGGCAGCGUUAAAACAUGA